AUGGAACGGCUGAGAAGACCGGAAACGCCUGCAACGCUCACCGCAGAGCUAGCAGCGCUAGAUCCGCAAGAGAAUCGCGCGAAUCGACCUGAAAAUACGCUCUUGCACCUGGAAAACAUCAAUUUAUCCGCUGGGAAUGAGCGGGCCAAAGGGCUCGAAGCGCUGAAUAUGUACCAACCUCUUCAGGAGGAAAUCCCAAUGGAUCACGAAGAUCUGGGUGAAGCAAUUCAACAGCGGCUGAACCAGUUACACGUUGUUUUCCUAAAGGCUCAAUUGGUUAUGAAAAAGGCGGUGCUACUACUUGUGGCUUUAAUGGCUAAUAAGUGGCUAUGCAUACCUCAGAGCCGAGCGUUCCAACAAUACGAGCGGGCCACGAGGGAAACAGGAGCCGCACUGACGAUUCUUGCAAAGACCAUGGAAUCUCUACAGUUCAUGGUACAGACUGCAAAUCGAGUUUUGGAAGCCAAUAUCCGAGCACAACAGUUGCCCGGAAUCAAUCGAGUCGAGCUCCAAGUGAUCACGAUAGCAGCUUACCAGAGCCCAUUGAUUGCGGCAAUCGAGAUGAAUCCAGCAUUUAAUGAGGUCCCUGAGCAGGAGCCUAACGCGGCUCAGCCAGCGGCGCCACCAGCAGCACAGCCUGAAAACGAAUUGGUGAGACACAUGGUCGAUCAUUUGCGUCUUAGGGACGAUGAAGACUCACUGAUCAAAUUGAUGCCGAAAUACGACGGCUCCCCACUUCGAUGGGCAGAAUUUCAGUCAGUAGUCCAUCAAGAAAUCGACCAGAAUGCAAGGCUGACGAAUCUGCAAAAAUUAGCAAAAUUGAAAAAAGCGGUCACCGGAAAACCGGCCGCCGAUCUAGAACCUUUUAUGCUUCACGAAGGGCAAUACCAACCCGCUUGGGAUUUUUUACAAGCCCGAUAUGGGGACGCCAUUAAAAUCCAAAAUGCGCUAGACGCCGAGCUGAAAGCUAUUCCAGAAGCUAAUGAAAGCGCUGAGUCGCUGCGCGAGACGCUUAACAAAUUGAAGCUUUUGAUGGUGAAUAUGCAUAAUGUAAUCGAUGCGGAGCACCCAGCUAUUCGCCAAGGAAUGGAAAAACUGAUCCCAGGCAAAAUCCUUGUACUAGUCAAGCGCGAACAAGCGAAUGAUAAUACCACCGCGAAUUUCCUCACGUGCCUAGAGAAAGUGGUUACAGGCGAGGAAUACAUUGCGACUAUGGGAAAGGAUAAAUUCCAAGGUUACCCGGCGGAUCGCACAACACUGCUCUGUGCAGAGGCGCUAACGCAGCUCCUAAAUGGGACAGGAAUGAGCGAUUCCGAUCGCGGACCCCUGAGGGACGCAGGUCAAAAUAUUGGGAAUCGAAAAAUCGAUACCAAGGCGGUGAUCGCAGUAAUAACUGGAGUCGGGGGCGCAGAGACGCGAGAUCUCAAUCGAACCGUCCGCGGAGCUGGAGCGAGAACGGUCGUAGAAAUGCGUCUAGAGAAUAUUAUGAUCGCCGAAAAAACGACCCCCAAGUCGAUUCAAAGCGACCAGCAAACGUCGUUCGUGAAGGCAGGACAGAUUUUGAGCGCCAGCGCAAAGCGUGAAGGACCAGUUGAUUUUAGAACAGCACUAGUCAGGGAAGAUAUCAAAUGGGUCCAUGUCGUGCCAAGGGCACCUCAUGCGAAUGGCGCUGUGGAACGCCUCGUAGGCUUGGUCAAGGAAGGACUAAAAAAGGCGCUCGGACAGAAAGUACCCAGCUUUACUGUUUUUUCAACAACCCUGAAGGAAGCGUGCUAUAUGGUGAAUCUGCGGCCAUUAGUGAACUUCCAGGAUGUCGUUCUUCGACCCGCCGAUUUGCUAAUUGCGCGCACACACUCCGUCAUCGACGAUCCGCGGGAGUUUAAACCCGGAGAGUUUAACUUCAUCCGAGCAUACCUAGAAGUCCUGGAACGAUCAAACUGUUUUUGGCAGAUUUUUUCGACGUUCUAUAUGGCUCAGAACCGUCUGUUCAAUGAAGUGAAACCCCCGAAUCGACGAGCGGUGGCUGCACUCCCGAGCCCGGGAGAUGUAGUUAUGAUUCGCGACUUUUCUCGUCCGAAAAUGGACUGGAGGCUAGGAUUGGUGCUGGAACUCUUGAAAAAUCGUAAUGAUACUCCGAGAUCAGCCCGCAUCCGCCUGUCCAAUGGCCAUAUUACCGAGCGAGCUAUUAGCCAUCUCAUCCCCCUAAUCUCCGCUUCUACUCCUGAAAUUUCGGAGAAUUCCGCGACCGUCGUCGAGGAAUUCCAGGAUCCUGAGGAUUUCACCAAUGGGGAACCCCGAGCUACCGAGGGACUAGAGGUUGAGCCAACCCCCGACUAUAGCGGCCCUCAAUUUUCCCCGGAGGAAAAUCCCCAGGACCCCCGAGACCCCGCUACCGUAGGACCUGUCGAUCACGCGCCCGAGGGCCAAUUGGCAAUGCAGCUGACGCAAGAGGAGCCCCUAAUCCAGGGAGACCAAAGCCCCCAGGACAUGCACGAAAAGAAGCGGGGAAAAAGGCGAGGGCAAAGUACCCAGCGCCUAGAAAGGAGCAUUACAAUUCAGCCCCCGGGAGAAGGGGCACGUGCAAAAGGGGACAGAAACCCCCAGGGCAUUCAGCGGCAACCACGAGACCCAGCACCGUAUGACCGCUGUAAUGAGGCCCCAGACGGGACCCGCGGAGAGCCCGAGAAUCGUAAAGCGGAGAGCCCCACCCGAGAAACGCGCCAAGCAGCCCCAACCAGGGGACCAAGCGAAAAUUACCCCGAACGAGAGCCAUCGCAGGGACGAAGGCAAAGACGGCGAGAACGCGUCAAUUAUCGGCAACUUGCCUUUCCCAAAUAUGGAAUGUUCGUGAUUACUUGUUUUGCGCUAAUAUCGGGACGUUGGGUACUUCGGCAGUGG